CUGUGCUCUGCACACAUCAGACCUAAUCUGCAGUAUCUUGUAUUAUACUGUUUCAUUUUUUUCUGUGUAGCACAGUUUAAGAAUGACAUUGGUAACCUGGAGACUUUCCAGAGGAGCCAACUAGGAUUAGGAGGGACCUUGAGUCCAUGUACUAUGGCAAUCAAAUGAAGGACCUGGGAAUGUUAGCCUAGAGAAGAGAAGAAUGGAAGGAGGUAGGAAAUGGAAGCUGUCUGCAAGUAUUUGAAGGGACCUUGUGAGGUUGAAGGACUAGAAUUCUUCUGUCUGGACCCAGAAGACAGAGCCAGUAGCAAUGGGAGGAUGUUAAAAAGAGACUAAUUUGGGCUUCCCAUCAGAAAAGGAAAAAAGAUCCUCCUAGCAAUAAGAAAUACCCCAAAGAGGAAUCCACUGCCCAGGGAAGAGAUGGUCAAGCAUAGGCCUUAGCCUGUCUGGGUGGAGAUAGCACCUCCUUCCACCACAUCCUGUAUCCAGCCAGCUAGUCUGACCCAUCUUUCCUCUCUGCAUCAGAGUCCAAGCAGCCUCAGACCCUGCUAAGGGCUUGUCAUGUCCCCAGCACUCAUGGCCCUCCUCUGCUUUGGGCUAUGUCUGGUCAAGAAGAUGGAGUCAAAGACAGAGUUCUUCCCCAAACCAUUGCUAUGUGCCUUGCCCAGAGCCAUGGUGCUCCCGGGGUGGAAUGUGACAUUGCGGUGCUGGCAGCCUGCCCAGUCUUCCCUCCAGGGGCUGAGAUUUGCUCUGAUGAAAGUGGGGACCACAGAGCCCAUACAAAGCCAAAGUCUUGGGGGGACUCAGGCUGACUUCUCUCUGCCAUCUGUGACUGCUGAGAACACAGGGAGUUACAACUGCCUUUACUAUGAAAUGAAUGCCCCCCACAGGAUGUCAGAGCCCAGUGAGAUCCUGGACCUGUUGGUGACAGGGUAUCUCCCCAAACCCUCUCUCUUGGCCCGGCCAAGUCCUAUGAUGUCCCCUGGAGGGAAUGUGACCCUCUGGUGCUGGCGGCCUCCCCAGGCAGACCUCCAGGAAGUGAAAUUUACCUUGCUUAAGGCUGGGACCCUAAAGCCCUUACAACACCAGAUCCCAGCAGAGAUCCAGGCUGCCUUUUCCCUCCUGUCCGUCAGGGCUGAGGAUGCUGGAAGCUACACAUGCACCUACUCUGAGACAGAGCCCCCUGGCAUGAUGUCAAAGCCCAGUGAUGCCCUGGAGCUGUUGGUUACAGGUUCUCUCCCCAAGCCCUUGCUCUCAGCCCUUCCAGGUCCUGUGAUAGCCCCGGGGUGGCACGUCACACUCCAGUGUCAGCAGCCAACCUGGUCCUCCCUCUGGGGAUUGACAUUUGCACUGUUUAAAGCUGGUGUCCCUGAGCCCAUACAGCAACAGAGACCAGUGGGGGCCCAGGCUUUCUUCCCCAUCCUGGCUGUGAGGGCCCAGGAUUCAGGGAACUACAGCUGUGUUUACUACCAUUCGAUGGCACUUCAGCACAAAGCGUCAGAGCCCAGUGAUCCCCUGGAAAUCCGGGUGACUGAUUUGGGGGUACAUUCUCAUGCCUAUCAAGAGCAAGACUCAACCCAACCAGGUUAUACUGUGCACAAUCUCUUUCACAUCAGCCUGGUCGGGCUGGUCCUUGUUGUCAUCGGUGUACUUUUGGGCAGUGACUGGAACAGCCUGAGGAGUUGAGAAGAAGCCAGAGGAUCUCUGCCUACAGCAUCAAGGCUGGAUAGACAGGAAGCACAUCUUGAGAUCUGAGGAUUAUACAGAUGUCAAACUGACCAGCAAGUGUUGUGGGAGAGAGAUCAGCCAACUCUGGACAGCUUAAGGGGGACUGGACUCAAACCAACCUAAGGUCCAGAGUUCACUCACUGUAGGAAGCCUUCUGUCCCAUUCCACAGGCCGAAUAGCACCUGCUUCCUGCCCUCUGCCCUGUCUUCUCUCCAUGCUGAAUCACCAGGUCCUCUCCUCCCUAGCUUCCCUUCAUACUUUUGCCAUAAAUGGGUAUCCAUAGACUCUACUAAUAAAUAAAGUGGAAAGGUAAGAUGUAUUUCCCAAAUAACAAAGGUCCAGAAAGUUAUGAAAUUACUGGAGUAACAACAGUUCUCAGCUCUGACCCACCUUACAUGUUACAAAGCACUUUUUUUACCCACUACUAGGUGAUUCAGUGGAUAGAGUGCUGUGAGUCACAAAGACCUGAGUUCAAAACCUCCUUCAGACCUUUAUUAGCUGUGGGAGCCUGGGUAAUUCAUGUAACACUUUCUCUUAGCCUUAGUUCCUGUAUUUGUAAAUAAUAACAGCACGAAUUUCAAAGGGCUGUUAGGAAUGUAAAAUGAGAUAUAUUUGAAAGUGCUUUGUAAAUUAGAUGGACAUAGAUAUAUAAACAUAUACCUAUAAGCACGUGCUAUGUAAGUAGUGUGUGUGUGUGUGUAUAUAUAUAUAUAUAUAUAUACACACACACACACACACACACACAUACACAUAUUUACACGCACUUCAUAAAUUCUGGCUAUUAACACUGUGCAAUGAUCAACUAUGAUCGACUUAGCUCUUCCCAGCAAUGCAAUGAUCCAAGUCAAUUCCGAA